AACAAAACUUAAAAAAGAAAGUUCGUCUCCUACUUCCGGAGUUCUCGACGGUCGGCUAGGGUUUUCUCUUCUCUUGCUUCAAUCUACUUUCAAUCUACUGAUUCUCUGGUGUUUUUAAAUGGAUCCGACCAAUAUUGAUAAUGGUAUAGCAGCGAUUUCUCUGGACAACGAGGAUGAAGAUGGUUUGGUCUUUGGCGAUGAAAUUGGGGACUCAUCAAUUCAGCAGCCGGCUUACGAUUUCUGCCUCGUGGGCCGGUUCCUUACAGAGCGUCCGGUCAAUUUUGUGGCGAUGAAGAAUACGAUGGCUUCUCUGUGGCGUCCGGAGGAAGGAAUGGUGGUGAAGGAAGUGGGCGCAGGUUUGUAUAUCUUCCAAUUUGGUGCAUUGGCAGAGAUGGAGCGGGUAAUGGAGAUGUGUCCGUGGUCUUUCAAUAACCAAGCGCUACUCCUAGAACGACUGGGUAGAUCUCAAGAUCCCUCCGAGGUGUCGCUGCAUCAUCUCUAUGUGUGGGUGCGAGUCUAUGGGUUAAAACGCGGUUUCUUCUCGGAAAGAGUGGCUCAACGAUUGGGGAAUGAGAUUGGUCAGUUUGUUGAGGCAGACCCUAAAAAUUUUAGCAACCCAUGGUCCUCCUAUCUUAGAAUAAGGGUGAAGCUAGAUGUGCAGAAGCCUUUGAAGAAAGGGACACGACUGAAGAGGGAAGGAGAGGAAUGGUUUCAUGUGGAUUUUGCAUAUGAGAGGCUGCCCACCUUUUGUUUUGUGUGCGGUCGCUUAGGUCAUGGUGAACGGUUCUGCCCAGAGACUCUCCAGCAGUGGGGACGUCAAGUUUGGAAGGGAGUGAGACGCUCUCCCUUGGAGGUCUGGACGCGGACCUACAGAGACUAUGAAGACUGGUGGAGGAUGGCAACCCCUAGGAAUUCCACAACGACUAAUCUUAGAGCUGAACCUGGUGCAACAAAGGGAUGGGAGAGGCCACCGGUGAAUUAUUUAAAGGUGAACGUGGAUGCCUCAUCAGGACUUGUUGAUAGGUAUGUAGGCCUGGGUUUUAUUGUGCGAGAUUAUGAAGGCUGAUUCGUAGCUGCUAAAAGUAUUAAAUGUAGAGGGAGUUUUGGUCCACGUGAAGCAGAAGCCAUCGCAGUUAAGGAAGCACUUAGUUGGAUUAAAAGUAAAGGCUGGAAACAAGUCCUUGUGGAAACAGACUGUAAGGAGGUUGUCGAUUCACUUAAUAGUACUAUCAUGGACUGGUCUUACUUUAACUCUAUCAUUGAAGAUUGUAAGCGUCUCCAAAUGCUCUGUGCAGGAGACCUUAAUUUUUGUUUUACUCCUCGCUCCGGAAACGAGGCAGCGCAUUUGUUAGCGCGUAGUAGUUGCAAUGAUGAUGUUGUAGGGGAGUGGUUUGACACACCCCCAAACUUUAUUCCUUUGAUUUCCUAAUUUAAUUAUUUUGUUUCAAAAAAAAAAGGAAUGAGUUUUAAGAAUAAGAAAUACUUGGUCCGUCC